UGCCCUCUAUGUGGCGAGGCAACAAAAGAUCUGUGCUCACAUAUGGGUGGCCACAUCCUUCACACUGCCUGCAGAGUUCCUGAGAAUCUCACAACAGCUGUUUCAGGCCCACAGCCAUGUGGCUUUUGCAGUCGUUCUGGUGUCACUGAGUGCACAGUUACCUUCAAGGAAUCCAGACAUUCAGUUACUUGGGAAUCACAAUGCCCACACAAGGAGAAUUUCCAGUACAGCAGCACUAACAAAGGCUCCAACAAUUGCCCAUGUCACAAUGUUCCUGUCAUCUGCAGGCUUUGC